AUGCAACACAUAUACGACUCCAAAGCUAAUCCGAGCAUACCCACACUGGGCCCGACCGCCGACUCCUUUCCGCAGGGAAGCAUCAGGAUGACUCUGGAGAACGCCGAUCUGUGGAAGUCCUUUCACAGCAUCGGGACAGAGAUGAUUAUCACGAAACACGGCAGGAGGAUGUUUCCGCAUUGCAGCGUCAGCGUGACAGGCCUGCAGCCGUUUGCCAAGUAUGCCAUCUUGAUGGACAUGAUUCCCGUAGACAGCUUCAAAUACAAGUGGAAAAAGGAGCAGUGGGAGGUGGCGGGGAAGGCGGAACCUCAGCCUCCGUGCAGGUCCUACAUGCACCCCGACUCCCCCGCGCCAGGAGGUCACUGGAUGAAGCAGUCGUUGUCCUUUCUCAAGAUGAAGCUCACCAACAACACCCUAGACCAGCACGGACACAUCAUCCUGCACUCCAUGCAUCGCUACUACCCGAGGUUUCACGUCAUUCAGGCAGACAGCCCCUACACGGUCCGACGGGCGCCCUUCCAGUCCUUCUCCUUCCCGGAGAUGACCUUCAUUGCAGUCACCGCCUACCAGAACCCAAAGAUCACCAAGUUAAAGAUCGACCACAACCCUUUCGCCAAAGGAUUCCGAGAGGGAGGCACUCGUACUCAAGGGAAAAGGUGUCGUUCAAAUAGAAUUACUUUGGAGAAAAUAUCCUCGCCAGAAAACAAAAAGCUUUGCAAAAGUCCUUCAAGCCUUCAGAGGGCGCCCUCUUCCACUCAGUCAGAGAAGGCAGGGAAGAUUCAGGGUGCAAGAGGCGAGUCCAUAAAGGGGGGUCCGCCUCCCGGCUGGAGUCAGGACCACUCAGAGAGUCUACACGCGGAGCCGCUGGAGCUGCAUGAGUACGAGUACAGCUGUGAGGAGCAGAUGGUGCCCGCCUCGGUGGCCUAUCAGCCCUACAAGUCGGAUUUAAGGGCUUUGGAAUGUUCCAGAUUUGGGCUCCCCUCCAACGACGUGGAUGUAGCCCACCCCCUCGCCGCGGCAGAACAUGGCACCCAACAACAUGGCUACCACCACCCCACCUACCACCACAGCAACGCGGCCGACUGGAGCCAGUAUCCGCUCUUCUCCUACUCUUGCUGGUGAACCGUCGACAUGAACCAAAGUUCACCCUAUGAGCAGACAGUUCACAUGGAAAGACGUGUAUAAAUGUGUAGCGUUGAAUCACUUACCAGGGGCGUGUGUAGCAUUUCUGGGCUGUGCAUCAUCCUCUUCAUUCAUUGGAGACUUGCCCUUUCCUGCAUGUUGAGUCUUGGAUUUUUGCAUUGUGGCGACAUUUGCAAUAUAUUGUUUUCUGAUGUAUUGUGUGCCUUUUGUCCAC